AUGCCGAAUCGAUCGCCACCCAAAAACAAGCGUUCUCGUAUGCACGAAAUGCUCAAGAGCAGACCCGGUGAUUGGUUUCGUGAUUCAGAUAUGAGCUUGCGAGACCAAGAGCUUCUUCGGAGCCCCAACAAUAUGUUUUCCUAUGACAAAGACUGUUUCGUGCGCAAGAUCCUCGAUUGGAUCGUCGAACACGACGAGCUUUGCAAGAAACGAAUCCAGGAAGCUGGGGGUGUCCUUGUCGGCUUUCCGGAAACUGCUAUGCCAUCCUCAGUAUCCCCUCCUUACCAGUCAAUGAUCAUCAACGUCAACAUCAGGGGUGCUCCUGGUGGUUCCUUUGACUGGGGCUAUCUAACUACCUCGCCGCAGAACGUGCGGAUUUUCAAGGGACCCGAAUAUACCUGCUCAGCUCACUCGUGGGAUGCAAUGAUACUCAAGGACUGCUACGCCAACACAAGCAAUCUCCGGAAGAUUGAAGCCAUUGCUGACCGCCGCUGGGAUAUCUUGGCCAUGAAAUUGUGCGAGGACAUCAGAGGUUCGUUUGUAGCCUGCUCGCUUUGCUUACAUAGACGGUGA